AUGGUGGCAGGUCCCAACCAAACUGGUGGCACUCAUUUAGUCAUCUUCUCCACCAGUGUGUAUGCCAAUGACAACCUGCUCAGGGAAGGCAUUGAAGAGACAUCAAAGGUGAUUGGAAAUGUAUUAACAUCUAGCGAAUUAAGGGAAAAGGUGGUGCUUGUCAUGAAUGCGGAUUUUUCCUUCACCUUUGGCAAGUUAAAUGGAAGUUCCAUCAGCAAAUUUUCCAUAUUUUCCAGGAAUCCGGUGUCUGAGCCGACGAGGGAGCUCGAGGUGGUGGGGCAAAGGAAGAAGUUUAGGAUGGCCAGUUGUUUUUAUGAGAGCAAGAUACAACCGGUGAUGGGAUUAUUGAGUAUAAUGUAA